AUGUCUCGACGUGAAUUAUACAGUUAUCGUUGGGAUGGUACAAAAUGGGCUAUUGUCACUAAAUUAUUUCAUUCCGAAUUAGAAUCCAGAUCAUCAGUUAAUAUUACUACAGAUGUAGAAAAUACAGUGCCAAAAGUUAAGGAACCAAUUCGAAUAGCUACAUUCAAUAUACUUGCAGAUUGUUUUCCAUGGUUUGUUGAAAUGGCUAUUCGAAGUGCUGAAAGAUAUGAAUGGCUUUGCAAUGGUAUCAUUAAUCUCAAUCCCACUAUAAUUGGUUUAAAUGAAGUUACUAUUACUGCACUACAACGGCUAAAAGAAUGUUCAUUUAUUCGUGAAAAUUAUUUUAUAACAGACAUAUUUGNAUGUCUUCUUUAUCAUCGACUCAACCACCUUAUGCAGAUCCCAUUGUGA